CUGAAGUAGGCGGGGCGGGAAGUUUGAACGGAAGGCGGCGCGGAGGGCAGCAGGGCACCGGCUACCCCAGGCUCUCGUCCGCCGUGAGCCGCGCGGCCCGCCAUGGGCCCGCGCCGGCGCCGCAAGCCGGAGGCCCCGAGAAGGCGCAGCCCGAGCCCGACUCCCGAGACGCCCCGGCCGAGAGCCCCCUUAGGGGCCUCCAGUCUGCGAGGUCGGCGGAAGCACGUAUGGCUCAGAGAGAUCCGAAAGCUUCAGAAGAGCACAGACCUCUUGCUGAGGAAGGCUCCCUUCAGCCGAGUGGUAAGAGAAAUAUGUACUAAAUUCGCCCGUGGCGUGGACUUAAACUGGCAAGCCCAGGCCCUGCUGGCCCUUCAAGAGGCAGCAGAAGCAUUUUUAGUUCACCUCUUCGAGGACGCCUACCUCCUCUCCUUACAUGCUGGCCGAGUCACUCUCUUCCCCAAGGACGUGCAGCUGGCCAGGAGGAUCCGGGGCAUUCAGGAAGGACUCGGCUGAUCGCCUGCUGCAGUCUCCGGAAGUCCUUCCUGCUCAGCAGAGAGGAUGAUACCUGGGACCCCAGAGCCACCACUAAACCCAGUGACACCUGCCGUGCUCCCUGGACCUUGCUACCUUGCUGUCUCUGAGCAGUGUGUGCGUGUUGCCUUUGACAUUUUCUGUGUGAAGGAGAAGACCGCGUAGCUUCUCUCUGUAGCAGAGGUGCUGUGUAAAGGAGCCAGCACGGCUCCAAAGGCCUGAGAAGUGUUUGCCAACCCGAAGAUUCUGCAGUCACCUUCAGUUUGUGAACCACUCAUAUGACUGCUCAAGGAUUUUGAAGACGUCAACUCUGCUUUGUUAUGGAAGAAGGAUAUUUACUUAUUGUUUUACAUCUUCCUGUACUAUGUACAUUUUUUUAUUAUAUGUAAAUUUGUACUUUUAUUUAAAAUAUAAGGGAAAAAACAAGAGAGCAUUUCAAUUAGCUGCAUGGAAUGGCUGGCUAGGCACUCCUAGCAUCCAAAUUUCUUCCUUCCAGAUUAAUCUCAUCACUGCUGCCUGUGUAGUUUUUCAAAACAGAAUUGAGGUUAAAAUAGAAAAUCUUUUUUCUUUUUCUUUUUCUUUUUUGGUGUCAGGGAUCAAACAGAGGGCCUUGUGCAUGCUAAAUGUGCUUUACCAUGGAACUGCACCCCAUGCCUGAAAUAGAAAAAUCUUCAAAUCUUUCUGGUUUCUCCUAGUAAAUUCCUAUCAAAAUAUCAAAAUCAUUCAGAAAUUCUGACUCACAAUUUAACAUUUUAUGCUUAGCUGUGAAUCACAGAUGUGUUAUAUCAGCCCAGGAUUUUAAAGUGUUUUUUCACUGUUUUUACAGACAUUUGUAUAGCUUCUUUUUGGAGAGAUAAUAAAAGUAAUUCUUUGAAAAAA